AUGGACAUUAACUUGUUGGGAUCCGAAGAAUUGAAAUACGAAUUAACGAUUCGUGGACUGCCUAUUGCUGGUACUUUCGCUCAGCGUAGAGCAGAAUUAAGAAGUGCCUUGCGUUUGGAACGUUCUGGGGAACGUGAAAAUCCUGCAGUUUCUCCUUAUGAAGCGGCUUCAGAAAUUUGUUUGUGUGGAGCUAAAUUGUAUUCUAUCGAAAGGGAUAUUUUGAAUUUUGAUCAGGAAAACAGGGAGAGUGAGUUUAAAAGGAUAAGCACCUUGUUAGAACACAGUCGAAAACGCAUUGCUAGAAUUAAUGCAACUAUGGAGCCAGACGAAAUUUUGAAAAAUGAGUUGAGUUCGAAGUGUGGAUUUUUCUUGAAACGACUCCAAGGUGUAUACGAAGGUGAUAUUAAUCCUAGUUCAAGUUCACGGGUAAAUACAAACAGGGAGCCCAAUGUCUCAUAUGACUUAGUUGAAUUAUCGGACAAUGAUACAGUAGCCUCGGACCAUGAUGAUAAUGGUAUUGAUGAACCUUUGAAUCAAGUGGUGAAUGAUGGAAAUCUUCGUAGACUUAUUGUACCCCGGUUGAGUCAUUUCGUUUCUGAUUUAUCAGAUGAUCAUACAAAUUUAGGUAGGCCUAAUUCGGAGUUUGAGAACGUCCCUCAUCAUCAUCAACCUUCAAGGACUACGGCUUCAAUUUCAAGGGAUAGGCCAUUGCCUGCAUAUCCGUCAUUGUUUCCAAGACCCCCUGUGGCUGACAAUAAUUUACUUUAUCCUCCAGAGGAUGUACAGGAAGACGCUCGCAUAUUACCACCUCAUUCCAACCCGUUUUCAAGAAGUCACUCCCUAUUAAAUGCUCCCAUUUCAAAUAUUCAGUGGAAAUCUCCUCGAUUUCCUAAUGAUAGAGCUGCAUCAGAUGAACAACCCCGCUAUUUCCAAUCCUCGGCUUUGGUUCAACCAAAUAAUAAUCCUUUUUCUGCAAGAGUCACACGUGAUCGUAGUUCCGUGAGCCGUCCAUUUGAUGGUAAUGUCGAUCCGAUUUUACAGGAUCACCCAACCAUAAGGAACAACAGAAAUGAUCGAACUAGUCGAAUUUCGCAGUUCAGUAGUUCAGUUAUCAUGGCUAGACCACUGACCCAGAAGGAGAUGGAAGAAGAGGUGCAGAAGAUCCUAGAUGAACAAGAUGGUGCAGGCAUUGACAUGAGUGAUGAAGACUUUGACGAUUCUGACAAGGACCCAGACUAUAGUGAUGAACUGUCAUCUGAGGAUUCAGAUAGUGAUGAAGACGCUCCUGGACCUUCUAAACGUUGUAAAAUAAAAACAGACUCGUCUAGAUCUCCAUCACCCCAAAUACCACCAACGCCAAUACCUGGAGUAGAAAUUCUAAAAACUGGUGGAGGGGACAAUACAAAGUACAAUAUGCUUUCUCCACAGGAUGUGAAGAUUUUAAGUCUUCUACAAGAAAAAUAUUUCUGUGUGGACAAUGUCCUGGAUUCCAACGUUGCUAUGGAAAAUAACUCAGAAACUGAAAACACAUUUUUUGCAAUACCUUCAACAUCUAGGAAUUUCCAAUCUUGUGAUGAAUCCCUAAAGAGACCAUUGUCCCUAAAAGAAGAACAAUCACAGAGCUUGUUACAGUUUCAGCCAGUAAAGAAAUUUAAAGAAAAUCAGAAACCAGAAAAUGUGAAAACUGUUUUUGAGGAAGAACAAUCACAGAGCUUAUUACAGUUUCAGCCAGUGAAGAAAUUUAAAGAAAAUCAGGAACCAGAAAAUGUGAAAACUGAUAAUGUCAAUAAAAAAAAUAAUAAGAACGUGAAAAGUACUAAUAAAAAACCUAAUUGUUAUGGAGAAACCAUCUCGAAGCCUUCAGGUGUUUCGGCCAAAAAAUUUGAAGUAUAUAAAAAUAAAAUAAAAGUUUUGCAUUUAGUGCAAAAAAAUGAAGAAGAAACGUUUAAAGGUAUAAAAAUGGAUAAUGAAAUAAAACAAAUAAUUAAGGAAAAAGAGCUCUUGGAUCUUGAAAUAAAAAAAAUACAAUAUGACAGACUUUUAAAAGAACAAUAA